CUUCCACCGCGGCACCGCUCCGCUGACCAGCGCUCCCCGUGACGCCUUGACCGGAGCAAAUGCAUUGAAAACCGGCCACAUGCGCCGUCAAAACGUGUCCCGGUCCAUUUUGAAACUACAAAGGGGCUUGUUUUCCGCAUUUUUAUAGCGUUCCCACUGAUGCGAAUCUCGAUGCAGUGUCCUCUCCAGAGUAACAGCCCACAGUAGCAGGAGGCUGCAUGCGCGCUCAGUCGGAGCUCGAGGACAACAACACCAUGAAGUUAACGAUUUUCCUCUUCCUCGUCUGCUCCGUGUCCUGGUCGCUUGCCCUCGCCGCCAUUCCCGCUCCAAAUGAGUUUGUGUCCUUGGCGGAGAUGGAGGAUGCACUCUUGAAGAACCUUUUCCAAGGUUACCAGCGCUGGGUCAGACCCAUCCAACACAACAACGACACCAUCAGAGUACGCUUCGGGCUCAAGAUCUCCCAGCUGGUUGACGUGGAUGAGAAGAACCAGCUGAUGACAACUAAUGUUUGGCUUUGUCAGGAGUGGAUUGAUUACAAGCUGCGAUGGAAUCCAGAGAAAUACGGAGGGAUCACUUCUAUCAGAGUUCCCUCUGAAAAUAUCUGGCUCCCAGACAUCGUCCUCUAUGAGAACGCUGAUGGACGGUUUGAGGGCUCUCUAAUGACCAAAGCCAUUGUCAGGUACAACGGCGCCAUCACCUGGACACCACCUGCUAGUUACAAAUCUGCCUGUACUAUGGACGUCACCUUCUUUCCCUUUGACCGCCAGAACUGCACCAUGAAGUUUGGCUCCUGGACGUACGAUGGUAACAUGGUGGACCUGAUUCUGAUCGACAAACAGGUAGACAGGAAGGACUUCUUCGACAACGGGGAGUGGGAGAUCCUCAAUGCCACCGGUGCCAGAGGGAACAGGAAGGACGACAUGUACUCCUACCCCUUUAUCACAUAUUCUUUCAUUCUGAAGAGGCUGCCUCUGUUCUACACACUCUUCCUCAUCAUCCCAUGUUUGGGGUUGUCCUUCCUGACCGUCCUGGUGUUUUACCUUCCCUCAGACGAAGGAGAGAAGCUGUCACUCUCUACCUCUGUCCUCGUGUCGCUCACUGUCUUCCUGCUGGUCAUAGAAGAAAUCAUCCCCUCGUCCUCCAAGGUGAUCCCCCUUAUUGGAGAGUACCUCCUCUUCAUUAUGAUCUUUGUCACACUCUCCAUCAUCGUCACAGUCUUCGUCAUCAACGUGCACCACCGCUCCUCGGCCACCUAUCACCCCAUGUCCCCGUGGGUGCGCAGUCUCUUCCUUCAGAAACUGCCGAGGUUGCUGUGCAUGCGCGGACACACCGAUCGCUACCACUACCCAGAGCUGGCCCCUGAGAGCCCUGAGCUGAAGUCCCGCUCUGGAGGUAAAAGAGGAGGCCAAAGGGGGAACAGCGGCGCACACACACAGACGACCACCGACGGGAAGGAGGAGGAGGCCUGGGCGACCAUGCUGGACAAGGCUAUCUCCUCAGUGCGUUACAUCAGCAAGCAUAUCCGCAAGGAACAUUUCAUCCGUGAGGUGGUACAGGACUGGAAGUUUGUGGCCCAGGUGUUAGACAGGAUCUUUCUCUGGGCUUUUCUCACUGUGUCAAUACUGGGCACUGUCCUCAUCUUCACUCCAGCUCUGCAGAACUUUUUGAAAAUCCCUCCUCCGACUGCAAGUGAGGAGCCCCCUUCAACCUAGUAGCAAUAAUAUAUCCCUUUGACAAACAACUAAUGAUCCUCCUUCAAGAACCUCCUGAACAUUUGUCAAUGAAGACUUUCUAAUACCUUUUUCUCCUUCCCUUUACCGAUUCCAAUACCUCGAUUUGAGUAUUGGCCGAUAACAGUGCAAUAAAAAAACAUGUUAUAGAGGAAAAACACUGAUUGGUGAUGUUUGCAAGCUGGGGUUGAUAAAUAUAAGCAUCAGGUCAAAAUAUUUACUGCUGUACUCACUAAUACCAGAUACCUGUAUUUGUUACCUCUGAGCAAGAGGAAGUCACUGCAGGUGAUCUUUAUAGAACAAUGUCUCCUUCAGUUGAAGUUGCUUCAUUUAUUCUCUAGACCCAAUGUUUGAUAUGUUCUGUACAUCAUAAACUUAAUGAGUAUAUAACUUCCACGAACAUUUGAGCAUACUUCAAAUGAUUACAGCCACAUUUCAUUCUGUUUAUAAAAUGAGAAAGACAAUCUUAGUGAACUUGGUGCAGCUCGUGUUGCAUUUCAGACUGUUAUAACAUUUCAUAUUGUAUACACAAUGGCUUGAAGUAGCAUGCUGCUAUCAGUGCACUGGAUCACACCUGCUGGCCAGUAAAGAAGACAUGUCAGCGUAAAUUAAAUGAAAUAAGAAAAAUGGCUUUAAAGAUUUUAAGAAAAACAACUACAGAUUUUAUUAUAGGAUUUAUUUAUGCACUUAGGUGACUUCUCCAUGACAGUUAGAUGUUUCUCAUUUCUUUUUAUCCGCUGUACUUUCUGUGAUCAACUUUCUUCAACCAGGCUGCAGCUCUUUUCCUUACAGUCUGUCAUUGUAAUAAAGGGGGUCUGGGUUUGUUCUUGUUUCCACAUAUAUGAAGCACAAAUGACCUCUAACAGUUACAUCUUUGUAUUGUUUAAUUAUACUAAUUAUUUCAAAUGUAAAAGUACAAACAGCUUGUAAGUGGCUGUGUGCAUUCUCAAGAAAUUCAACAACAAUCUACAGGUUUGUAAACUAUUUGAGUUUAGCUUACAUAAGAACAUCCACCAUACUGUACCCUUGUUGUCUGUGAACACUUAACUGUUGUCUUGUUCAUUUCUGUCUUUGUCUUUCUUAGCCUCCUCAUAUUUUGCAAUAUUUAUGGUCACUGCAGUUAGUUAACCUAUUCCAAGCAGUAUUUAAAGGGUAAUGCAUCUCAACUUCUUUACGUUUCAGACACUUCCAGCUUAGUGUUCAUAUUGUUUAUAUUUUAUCACACUAAUAAAAGUGUUUUAAAUACA